GCGUAAGGCUGGAAAGAUGUGGUUGAUAAGCAAGAAUCAGUUCUUCAUUGUAUAUUUCCUUUUAUUAAAGCCAACAUGUUUCUCUACCAUUACAAUGGAUGUGCACUAUUGCGGAUUUGAACAAAAAUGCGCGGGAAACAGGACAGACGUAAAACUAAAAACUGACUCUUGUUGCGGACCUUGUGAAUGUGCGGAUAUAUGUAUAGAAAAGAACACUUGUUGCAAGGACAAGAAGCGGCUUGACGAUAAUAAACAUGUAAUGACUCAACAAUGCAUACCUGCUUCAUACAGUCAAGAAAGUAUCCAAGUAGACCGUAGCACUCCUUUCUAUUUUGCAAGAACGCGCUGUCCCGACGAGUUUAUAGACUUAAAUCUAAAGGAAAAAUGUGAAGGCAGAAAACCAAAGUCGUUAAAAGAAAUCACGUUGGUUUCUUCUGAAGACAGAUCAAUCAUUUAUAAGAAUAAAUUUUGCGGACUCUGCCAUGGUGACAAUAAAACAAAAGCAUGGGAAAUAGUGGCUCAUAAAAGUCCAAAUUGCCGUACAAUAACAUCAAAACAAAAUAUCAACUUAACUUUCAUUACGGAACAUAUACUCUCCUACUGCACUUUAACUUUCGUAAAACCAAGCGACGUAGACUUACGGAGUGUCAUGUGUUUCGACAAAUCGUUGGUUAUUAACCAUUGCAACCAAACUGGAGAGUGGGAGAUUUACGACAGUAAUCUGGAAAGCCUUUGUCUAAAUCCACCGGAGUCAGUUUACUACAUGGACAAGUCAGACAGCAACCCUGUGUUUGCCAAUCUGUAUUGUUUUCUAUGUAACAUGAAAGCAAGUCGUGUCCCUCAAAGGUGUUCAGGAAAUUACGGAAGAUUGCCUACUGAACCCUUGUUCACACUUAUUGAUUUAAAUCGGUGGACGGAGCCAGCUUCUCUUCAAGAAAAUAAAUGCAGGACAGAUCAAAUAUUGGAUACAUUUUUAGACCGUUGUAAGGACCUGUACUGCCCUAGGUUUGCCUUGCCUGUCAAUGGCCAGUGUAUACCUUUUCUAAACGUUGAGCAAUGUUACAUACUGAAUGUGAAACUGGUGCCGCUUCAAAGUAUAAAUAACUCAGAAUCUGUAAAGAAUGAAUUGAAGAAUAAACUUGUCCACGUUCAAAGAAAGCUUGGCUUUAAAGAAUGUGAAUCAUGUUUCCGCAGUGCAUAUCUGGCGAAAGACAACAAUAUACAUGCUUUACAAGAAAUGUAUAUACGAUAUGCUCUUGAGCAUACAGACAAAUGUAAGACAGAAAAUCUUUGGUCAAAACUAACUUUCAUUGAAAAACAUGGGACACACAUCAAACUAGUUUUGAACAAAAAAGAGAUUAACUUUGAUGUGCUCUGGGACAAUAAAACAUUAGUGAUCAAUGAUCACCUUGAAUUAAUAGAUACAUUUGGUUCACUCCGUGAAUGCCGACCUAUUCAACUGGAACGGGGGUCAACAUGUCCUAAAAUUCAACUUUCCAUGGUGGAGUAUGAGGCAGUCCUGAAGAACCAUUCUAAAGUACAUGAUCUUUGGUUUGUACCAAACAAAGGAGAUAAGAACGACACAAUUUCCGUCUGCCUUGACAGUUAUAUAUUGGAACACCAGACAGCAGGAGUCAAGCAAUAUGUCUCUGUUACAAAGACAAUCAUAGCGACUGCCGUUGCCAUGUUACUGUAUGAUACAUAAAUUCUAGUUACGAAAUAAUAUAUCUCAUCCAAUGAUUUGUCGUUGAAUAAAAUCAUUGUUUGGAGUACAGAUGCGAAGGAAUUAUAUCACGCGGGCGCAGCCCAAGUUAUAUAUUGAUACGCUUCUGAACGACAAUUAUAUAUUAUUUCGAUUCUAACACGUUACCAAGGAUUUUUUAGUAUAUCCUUGACAACGUACAUCAAAUAUUUGCCUGUUUUUUGUUGGUUUCUUUUCAAACGCGCCGCUAUGACGUAAUAAUUGUAACUCAGAAGAGUGAAUUGUUAUAAAAUAUCACACAACUUUCAGCCUUCUUUGUUGAAUUAGAAAAUGAAUCAAGUCGUGUAAGAAUGACAGUUUUAUUAUAGCUCUAUAGGCGAUCGAGGUCUCUUGUGAUAAAAAAAUUCUUUGCAAAUCAUUCAACCGCUAAAUAUGGUUGCCGUCUUGAAAAUGAACUUAAAGAAGCAGUUAGAUCAACGAUUUCAAUAAAUGUUUCAUUCACUGAAA